AUGGUUCUCUCCUCGUCUAAAGGACUAGGACAGCACUGGGAGAGUUCGAGCGCCUCUGAUCAAGUGCUACUAAUGAAGGUACGUACUAUCGAGCUCUGUAUUCUGAUACCGUCCAUACAUGUUCACUAAUGUUUUCAGACGCUCUAUAUAGCAGGCCUUCUGUCGAUUCCUACACUAGUUAUAACAAAGAUAUCAGUUAUAAUAUUCAUGCAAGGCCUUGGACCAGCUAGUAUUCAUAAACGUAUUGGAGCAGCUUUUAGCGCCUUCUUGAUACUGUGGGGUCUUGGGUCUGAGUUUGCAGUAGCUUUUCAAUGCCGUGUUCCCCAACCAUGGAAUGUUGUUGACCACGGGUGUAUCAACAUGUAA